AAUACUCAGAAGAAUAUUCACAAAAAUGGCCGCCAUAUUUUUGAUAUGAUUCCAACUGUAGCUGAUAAUCUUAAAAAUUAUCUUAAAUAUAAACAACUUGAAAUAAAAGUAAUAAACCAUUUUUUUUUGUUUUCUGCAAACAGAAGAAAAAGGACUAUAUAUGCUACUAAGGGCAUGAAUAUUUGGCCCAUACAAGUGGUAAAAAGGCCGUUUACCUUACUUGUCGCAAAAGAUGUGGUGGUAGAGCCAAAUUAAUGAUUGGUCUCGAUUUAAUUAUCACCAUCCAACAUUCUUUAGAAUGUCAAAACUUGGUAGCAGCCAUAACUCCUAAUGCAAAUCAAGAUUUAGCAUUAGCCCCUCCACCUUCAAGUUCAGUUGGCCUAGCCAUUACACAUCAAGCCCAAGUUUCAAUAGCCCCUCAAAUUUCCAAUGCAAAUCAAGAUUUAGCAUUAGCAUUAGCCCCUCCACCUUUAAGUUCAGUUGCAGCUAUUACACAUCAAGCCCAAGUUUCAAUACCCCCUCAAAUUUCCAAUGCAAAUCAAGAUUUAGCAUUAGCAUUAGCCCCUCCACCUUUAAGUUCAGUUGCAGCUAUUACACAUCAAGCCCAAGUUUCAAUAGCCCCUCAAACUACCUCUGGCUUUGCCAGAGCCUAUCAAACCUUUAUUUCAAAUCUAGGUAAUUCAGGAACUUAUCAAGAUAUAAAUGUUGGCAUUGAAAGUAAUACGGAUCUGCCUUUAGAAGUGGUCCAUGUAUUAAUGGAUUUACAUCAAAAUAUAAAUGAUCCCCGGUUUGUAAAAUCUCAAAAAGGAAAACCGCUUCUUUUUUUUCAAGAUUAUUUGUAUCGACAGGAUUAUCAAAAGAUAAUAAAAUACAUUAUCGUUGCAGGAAAGUUGGCUGCAAGGCUUCAUGCAAAUUCGAUGUUAUAUACAUUACUUCUGGAUUGCAUGAACAUCAAAAUGAAAUUGAUAUUUUUGAAAAGUUAA